AUGAGAAUUGGAUACCCCUGUUUGUGCAAAACGCUCAAUCUCACCACCUCCAACACGACUCGACUCAAAUCCGUCACUCCCGAAAAAAUCAAACAAAAACUGGAGCACAACCUCAAACAUUUGAAACAAAUACUGAAAUUCAAUUCUGAACAUCGAUUGCUAUUCUUUCGAAUUGGAAGUGAAUUUGUUCCUUUCGCCUCACAUUCCAAGGUACGAGACCCCCAAUUUACUGAAUCCUUCAAUUGGAGAGAACAUUUCAAAAACGAGUUGGCUGAAAUUGGACAACUCGUGAAAACCUAUGGAAUGCGCAUCAGUAUGCAUCCCGAUCAAUUUGUCUUGCUCAAUUCUCCCGAUGAAGAAAUCUUUGAAAAAUCCUUACAAGAAUUACAAUAUCAUGCCGAUCUGAUGGAUGCCAUGCAACUCGACACGACUCACAAAUUUCAAAUUCAUCUCGGAGGUCGUUACGAUGAUAAGAGAAAGAGUAUGCAACGUUUUGUGGAUCGUUACAACACUCGUUUGAGCACUUCCAUCAAGGCUCGUUUGGUUUUGGAGAAUGAUGAUCAUAUCUAUAGUUUGGAAGAUGUUCUAUGGGUCCAUGAACAAUGUGGGAUUCCCAUUCUUUUGGAUACCUUGCAUCAUGAAUGUUUGAAUACCAGUGGAGAGAGUUUGGAAAAGGCUUUCCUAAAGGCUGCAGCCACAUGGAAGGCAGAACGAGAUGGUCCUCCCAUGAUUGACUACUCGGAUCAAGAGCCAAACUCCCGUGUAGGAAAACAUCGAAGCUCCAUUAAGGUUCAACACUUUCGGAAAAUCAUUUGCCAACGCUUAAUGAAAUGUAAAGAUCCAAACAAGGAUCAAUGGAUUGAUUUUGAUGUCAUGUUGGAAAUUAAGGAUAAGGAUUUGAGUGCAAAGAAAGUGUUGAGUAUUUUUGAGAAGGGAAUUGAAGAGAGAGAGAAUUUCAAAGAUAAUGAUUCGAAUGAACAAGAAGAAGAGAGUAAUGAUCAGAAUGAGGAUCAUCCUUCACAGAAAGAGGAAGAUCAAGAUGAAACUACUGUAACAAAGAAAAAACAAGGCAACAGUUCCUCUCAAAAACGAAAAGAACCAACUUCCAAGAAACCUGCUUCUAAGAAAAGAAAAUAA